AUGAAGUCUGUUGCCUUGACUAGCGCUCUCGUUAUGGGCGGCUUCCUCGCGGGCAGCGUUAUUGGAAGGCCACUGGCCGUAAAGCGAGAUAUGGUCACCGAGGUCGUAUACGUCACAACGGCCAUAGCCGACGCCAUUGUCUAUGUCGAUCAGGACGGCGUACCCUACCUUACCAUGACCGUAAACCGGGUCGAGAGCCUCACCACCGCAGCGAUCGAGCGUACUACGAGCUCAUCCUUCGUCGCAGGCCCUACUUCAACAUCCGUCGAGCCUGCCCCGACGCCGUCGGCUGCUGUCGUUCCGCCCGCUAGUUUGGUUUCAUCAGAUCCGCACUCGCUGGUUGUCGCCCCACAGGAGUCAACCCCUACGUCUGCAGCAGCGCAAUGGUACACAUCGAUUCCCGCCGCUUCGUCUACUCCAGUGGAGGAACCAUCGUCUUCUGCCGUACCUCUCCCGCCGGCGUCUUCCGUACCGUCGCAUACCUCUUUUUCUGCUCCGGCGCCCGAGCCCGUCGCUUCUUCGGCAGCGCCAGCUCCUGCAGCGAGCGCAAAGGCACCUGAACCCUCCGCUCCCGCUCCCGCUCCAAAAGUAAGCACACAGUCUGACGGUCUCGGCGUCACAUAUGAUCCCUACAAAGGUACACCCAGGCAGUGCCAAUGCAAAACUUCCGACGAAAUUGCCGCCCAAUUCGAGCAAUUGAAGAGCUAUAAAAUAGUGCGCAUCUAUGGUAAUGAUUGUGGCAUCAUCCCGGUCGCCGUCCAGCAGGCCAAGAAGAACGGUCAGAACCUCAUGGCCGGAAUCUACAGUCCCAAUCAAGCUAUCGACGACGUAGUCAACGACCUGUCCGAUGCUAUCAAUCAAUACAACGGCGGCAGCUGGGAUAUCAUUAGCCUAGUCUCUGUUGAGAAUGAGCGAGUCAACGCCCACGUCCUUACCGCCUCUGACGCCAUGGACACGGUUGCGCAGGCGCGCGUAGCCCUGAAGAAGGUUGGCUACACGGGACUGGUUGGUGCCGUCGAGACUGCCCCUGCUAUUGUCGGUAAUCCGGCCAUUUGCGCCAAAUCUGAUGUGGCGCUCGUUAACAUCCACGCAUUCUUCGACCAGCAUACGAAAGCCGAAGAUGCUGGCAAGUUUGUUAAAAGCGAGGUCGAACGCGUCAGGCAAGCUUGCCCUGACAAGCGAGUCAUCGUCACUGAAUCUGGAUGGCCUCACAAAGGUGACAACCACGAUGAUGCCGUGGCAUCCCCCGAGGCACAGCAGGCUGCGCUGGCAUCUAUCCGGAACGAAUUCCAGCAGGAUCUGUUUCUCUUUAAUGCUUUCGAUUCCCUCUGGAAAACCGACGACGACUCCACGUUCAACGCAGAGAAGUACUGGGGGUUCAUGUCAUAG